ACCGGCCCACCUGGGAGGACUGUCAACAGCUCCUUUUAACCCUUUCCACCUCUGAAGAGAAGGAACAUACCCGAAGAGAGGCCAGAAAAUAUUUCCUUACAUCAGACGGUAGACCAGAGGAGGAAGCUCAUAACCUCCUAGAGGAGGUUUUCCCUCUACCCGGCCUAAUUGGGAUCCAAACUCCUCAGGCAGGAAGAGAGCUUUAGAUGAUUUUCACCAGUAUCUCCUUGCGGGUAUCAAAGGAGCUGCUCGAAAACCCAUAAAUUUGUCUAAGACAUUUGAAGUUGUCCAGGGGCCUGAUGAGCCACCGGGAGCGUUUUUGGAAUGCCUCCAGGAGGCCUAUCGGAGUUACACCCCUUUUGACCCGGCAGCUCCUGAGAAUAGCUGUGCUAUUAAUUUGGCGUUUGUGGCUCAGGCAGGCCCUGAUAUUAAAAGAAAACUACAAAAACUGGAAGGAUUUGCUGGAAUGAACAUUAGCCAACUUCUAGAGAUAGCCCAGAAAGUUUUUGACAAUCAAGAGUUUGAAAAGCAAAAACGGGCAGCUCAGGCAACUGAAAAGGCCGCCAAUAAGGCAUCCAAAAGACAUGCGAAAAUCUUAGUGGCGGCCAUCCAGGAAGCCAAGAAGGAAAGGCCCCCAUCACAGAGGAAUGGCCAGGGAACCCCGGGUCCCCACCAGAAAGGCAAGAAAGGCGAGCAGGCUCCCCUGGAGAAAAACCAACAUGCUUAUUGCAAGCAGACUAGACACUGGAAAAAAGAAUGCCCAUUAAAGCCAGAGGAAAAACCAGAAAAGAAAAAUUAAGUCCUCACCCACCCCACAGCGGAGGAGUCUGAUGACUGACGAGACCGGGGCUCCUUUCUCUUGGCCCCCAGUAGCCCACGGUGACCGCCACAGUGGAGGGCCAUGGUGACGUCCGGUAGCCUACUUGUCUUAAGAGGCUAGACCCUGUGGCCUCCACCAAGUAGCCAAGUUGUCUGUGAGCAGUAGCAGCAACAGCGAGCCUGGUCCAGGAAGCUGAUAAACUGACUCUGGGCCAAAAUUUAACCCUUACAGGUCCUCAUGCUGUAGACACUUUACUACGAAGUGCCUCUGGCAAAUGGAUGUCAAAUGCCCGCAUCCUGCAGUAUCACAGUUUACUGUUAGAUCAGCCUCAUUUAACUUUCUCUCCCACAAGAUGCUUCAAUCCAGCUACCUUGCUCCCUGACCCAGACCUUACCACACCUGUCCAUGACUGCCAAGAACUGUUAGAGACUAUGGAAACUGGCCAACCUGAUCUCCAAGACGUGCCUUUAAAGGAGGCGGAUGCCACUGUGUUUACAGACAGUAGCAGCUUCCUUGAGCAGGGAGUUCGAAAGGCUGGUGCUGCCAUCACUACGGAGACGAAUAUACUGUGGGCCCAAGCACUGCUAGCAGGUACCUCAGCACAGAGGGCUGAGUUGAUUGCCCUCUCUCAGGCCCUCCGAUAGGGUAAGGACGAACGUAUUAAAAUUCACACUGACAGCAGGUAUGCUUUUGCUACUGUGCAUGUACAUGGAGCCAUCUACCAAGAGCAUGGGCUACUCAUCUCAGCAGGAAAGGCUAUCAAGAACAAAGAAGAAAUUUUGGCCCUGCUUGAAGCUGUUUGGCUCCCUCAACAGCUGGCUGUAAUUCACUGCAAAUGACAUCAAAAAGAAGACAUGGCCAUUGCCUGUGGUAACCAAAGAGCAGACUCUGCAGCCUGGGAGGCAGCUCAACUCCCAGUCACGCCUCUGACUCUGCUGCCUGCAGUGUCCUUUCCGCAACCUGACUUACCAGAUCACCCAGAAUACUCCCCAGAGGAGGAAAAACAGGCUUUGGAUCUUCAGGCCAGUAAAAAUCAGGAAGAUUGGUGGAUUCUUCCUGAUUCCGGAAUCUUCAUACCCCGAGCUCUCGGGGAAACUUUAAUCAGUCGUCUGCAUUCUACCACCCAUUUAGAAGGAGGAAACCUGGCCCAGCUUCUAAGGAGCCGUUUCAAGAUCCCCCACCUUCAGGACUUAGCGAACCAAGCAGCUCUCCGGUGUACGGCUUGUGCCCAGGUGAACGCCAAGCAAGGUCCUAAACCCAGCUCAGGCCACCGCCUCCGGGGAGGCUCGCCAGGAGAAAGGUACAAGACAUCAUCCAGCCGCUUGUCCGGGGAGCUCAUCCCAACCCAGUUCCUGACCAGACGGGGCUCUGCCACUCUUUCCAGCCGGGUGACCUGGUGUAUGUUAAAAAGUUCCAAAAGAAAAAAAAAAAGGACUCACUCCUGCCUGGAAAAGACCUCAUACUGUCAUCCUCACCACACUGACGGCUCUGAAAGUGGACAGCAUUCCUGCUCAAAUUCAUAACACCCCCUAGUACCAAAGCAUGUUUAACUGUAAUCCAUGACUAACUACUCUAAUUACUGAAUUGGCAGGACCCCUUUCUCCUCUUGUUUAGUCUUCAAACCUCGUAAGUUAAAACUGGUUUCUUAACUUUAUAAAGCAACACAUAGCUUCUGUCAAACUUAUAUAUCUUAAAGCCCAAUAUAACCCUCUUGUAACAAGUGGGGAAUAUGAUAUGCUACCUUGUUUUAACCUGAAUUGACUCUCCCUUAGCUGAGAGAGCCAGACAAACUCCAUUUUGGCUCCUUCACUUGCAGCCCCUUGCCCACCCCCUUCCUCAAGGACUUAACUUGUGCAAGCUGACUCCCAGCACAUCAGAGUGCAAUUAACUGAUAAGGUCCUGUGGCAAGUUAUGUCCGCAGUUCCCAGGAAUUCGCUCGGGUGAUAGUAUCCUAAGCCCCUGCAUUUGUAUCCAGUAGAUAGCACCCAAAGCCCUUGCACCCAUCACCUUGUGAUGGAUUUAAAGCCCCUGCACCUGGAACCAUUUGUUUUCCUGUAACCAUUUGUCUAACUUUUUUUUGCCUGUUUUACUUCUAUAAGAUUGCUAUAGCUAGGCUCCCCUUCCCCUCUCUAAACCAAAGUAUAAAAGAAAAUCUAGCCCCUUCUUCAGGGCUGAGAGAAUUUUGAGCGCUAGCUGUCUCUCGAUCGCUGGCUAAUAAAGAACUCCUGAAUUAGUCUCAAA